AUGGAAUCAAUGCAGAAAAUUAUUAAAGAUUACCCAAUAAUUAGUAGAGAAAUUGGAGAUACGAUUAAAAAUACAAAAGAUUUUUGUAUUGAAUAAUUAAAGAAACUUUAAAAAAAAAUUUAGAAUUUGUAAGAGAAAAUUGAAGAAAAAGAAUCAGUUAAUGAACAAGAAAUAUAAAGGUUAAAAAGAUAAUUACUAUUAUAAUAAUAAUAAUAUGAUGAAAUGUUUUCAUAAACUUUGACAAUUAAUAAUGAUAAUCCUGAUCUGAUGGCUCAUUUUAAAGUUUUAUUUAAUAAUGCAACAUAAGAAAGGGAUUAAUUAUAGUAAGAACUAAAAUAGAAAAAUGAAUAAUUUGAGAAAGCUUCUCUUGAAAAUCAAAAUCUACUAUUAUAAAUUAAAAAUUUAAAGUAAUUGUAAGAAUAAAAAUUUAAUGAAAGUGGUAUAAGUCUUGACCUAAGUUCAAUAGAUAACUAAGAGAUAAGAAAAUUUGAGCAUAGCUCCAUUAAUAAUGCUACAAUAAUAGAUCCUACUGUAUAAAGUGGACAUACAAAAAGUAGUUUAUAAAUAAAAGAUUUUUAAAAUUAACUAGCAUAAUAAUUAUAAUAAUAAAAUGAAAAUAAUAAUACAAAAUUUUAUGAUUUAUAAUAAGAAAUAGAAUAUCAUAAAAUGGAAAUAGAGAAGUACAAAAACAAUUUAAUUGAUUAUUAGGAAGAAGAAAAAAAAAUGGUUAAAAUGAUAUCUGAUUUAAAAAGGGAAAAUUAUAGACUAUAAUAAAUAAUAGAUUAAACAGAUACAAAAUCUUUAAAAUUACAAAUAAAAUAAUUACUUUAAUCUUUUCUUACUUCACUAUAAAAUUAGUAAAUAUUAUUUUAAAUUUUUAAGGGCUUAGGAAACGGAAGGUUACUUUAAAAUUAUAGCUAACAUGCUUGAACUUACAGAUUAAGAAAGAUAAAAACUCUAAGCUAUAGUAAACUAAAUGAAUCAAAAGAAAAAAGGAGGACUAUUUAGAUGA